AUGGCUGGAGCUAAACAUGAAAUGAUGCUCCCAGUAUGUGUGCCAUUAAGUGCAUUGUCCUCCAAAGGGAUUUGGUUCAAUGAAAAUCCUUUAGAUUAUGAAUUACCUGCAACCCUAUUCCAAAUAACAAUUUUUGUUGUGACCUCCCGGCUGCUUUAUGUUCUUCUCAAGCCUUUGGGACAAACCAAAUUCACUUGCAAUCUCCUGGCUGGCGUUAUCUUGGGGCCUUCUUUGUUUGCGACCAUCCCCGUAAUGAAGGAGAAGCUAGCUAACCAGAAAGACUCGCCGUUGUGGGCGACUAUGGGUAUAAUGGGCAUUAUAUUCUCCAUCUUCUUAACUGCAAUAAAACUGGACGUGUGCAUGAUGAAAAGGACAGGGCUUUCUUUGAAGAUUGGUGCUCCAGGUUUCUCCCCUGGUGUAGCUCAGGCCUUAGACGACCUCAACCUUAUGAACUCUGAGUUGGGCCAACUCGCCAUGUUCUCUGUUUUGCUCGUUGAAAUCAUACAAUGGUUGAUCUCAACGGCACAAGACAUAGCUACUAAAGAUAAUGCCAUCAUCGGUGCCGCAUAUCUGGCAAAGUUGUUCACAGUCACCGUGGCUGCAUUGUGCUGCAAAAUUAGUUUGAGAAAUAGUCUCUUGCUCGGUGUGAUGAUGAAUAUCAGGGGUAUUAUAGAAGUAGUCAUUUUUUCUCGAUGGAGGCACACUGAGGUCUUAGAUGACCAAUUUUAUACCCAACUACUAUUAUCUGUGCUGAUUAUGAACAUGAUUUCAACAUCAUUGUUACAUUUCACGUACAGGGCUCAUCUUAGACUUGGGCCAUCACUCAAAGGUCCUCGCAUUAAAAACAUCCAAUCAGUUCAAAGAAACUAUCCUUUCGACAUUCUUUGUUGUAUCCACAACGAGCAAACUAUCCGCAACCUCACCUCCAUCCUAGAAGCCUCAAACCCAACAGAAGAGAGCCCCAUUUGCGCCUACAUUAUCCAAGCAGUCGAGCUAGUGGGGAGGGCUAUACCUGUGCUAGUCCCUUACAAGAAGAAGAAAAAGGGGAAAAAGUGUAGCCGAUUAAAUUCACUCACACAUCAACUGAUGCAAGCCUUCAAGAACUACUCGGAGAACUCAAGAGGACCUGUCUUGAUCGAAUCAUUCACUAUGAUCGCUCCCUAUAAAUUGAUGCAUGAGACUAUUUGCCGUCUAGUGGAUGACAAUCACGUACCUUUGGUUAUCCUCCCAUUUCAUGAUAACCCCUGGAUCUGCAACACCGUGACUACUGCAAUACGCCAAUUCAAUAAAAAUAUGCUGCGAUAUUCAUCUUCUACAGUUGGAAUACUAGUCGAAAGAGGGUUCCCCGGUCCGGUGACCAUGUCCCAUUUCUCAUAUAAUGUGGCUGCAUUUUUCAUUGGCGGACCAGAUGAUCGCGAGGCUUUGGCUUUAGCAGCACGUAUGUUAGGCAACCAAAAUGUGGCCGUCACAAUAUACAGGAUUCGUAUUAUGCACCAGGGUAACUAUAAUGAAGACGAGGAGAAUGAAGCUAGGUUGGAUGAUGCAAUGGUGGAUGAGUUUAAGCUGAGCAGUAUUGGGAAUGAUUGCCUUAAAUGGCGAGAUAUCGAGGUUGAGGACACUGAACAGCUUAUGGAUGCAAUUAUGGAUUCGCAAGGGGAUUAUGAUCUUGUAAUGGUCGGAAGGCGGCACGCAGACAAUUCAUUGAGGGAUGAGGAAAUGUCAGAGUUUGUGCAUUAUGCGGAGCUGGGAAUGAUCGGCGACAUGCUUGCUUCUUCAGAUUUCUGUGGUGGAAUGGUGAAUGUUUUGGUGCUGCAAGAAAGUACGGAACUUAGUAAAAAUUAUGGAUCGACUCAUGGGCGUGACGUCUCACAAAAUUUAGGAUUGAAUUAG